AUGAUAAACAAUCACCUGAAUAAGCCUCAAGAUGGGGGUGAUGAUUUUGAAGAACAAAAGCCCAAAAUCAAUGAACCAAAGGUGAAUGCAACUUCGAGUUCUAGAGGCAAAGAAAAGAUUAUCAAUGACAGUGAAGAGGAUGAACCUAAUGAGCAUGAGUUGAAACGAAGGAAGGGUCAUGAAGCUGAGAUUGAUGAACACAAUCACAUUGUUAAAGAAGUUGAAGAGAAAGCAAGGCUUGCUUGUGAAGCAGAGGAUACUUUGAAAGCUCAGAAAACCAUCUUUCCUCUGUUUACACUUGAGCAUAUUCUAAAAGAAGCCAUUGAAAAUCCAAACUUUUAUUGGAUAGAGCCUAUUGGGUCAUUUGACUUGGGGAAAUCCUCAGACCCACAUCUCAAUUUUCCUAUCAAUCUGAAGGCUUUUGUCUUUCGCAACAUUGACUUAAUUGAGAACGAUUCUCUAGCUGACAAAAGUGCAGAUCAGGCUUUAUGUUUGUUUUACUUGAAGCACAUGUCUCCACAAUACGAAACAUGGAGCUCAAAGAAGAUUACUACUAUGAAGGUGCAUGGACCAAUUGAAACUGAGAGCUUCAUCAAUGCUUGUUUCAAGGUUGCUCAUGAGGCAGUGAGUUCACCUCAUGAAUUUACUUUCGUAUAUCUUCUAAGGAGGAGAUUAUUAAUCAUUUGGCACAACUUUAUUCUUCAUUCUUUUGUUUUUAUUCAUUUACCUGUUUGA